UUUUCUUUGCACGACGACUGGCACGCUCAAGCCAGACCCCGCCCUCCAAACUCUGGGACUUUUAGGUCUCGAGGGACGCCGCUGGAAGAUGGGGGAGCCACCUUUAGCCCGGGCACCCCUCGCUGAGGGAGCCGGCCGGGGCACGCUCCUUUCUCGGGGCUUCGGCUUGUCCAGCUGUGAAGUGGGGGAUCGGGGGAUUUUCCAGGGAUCCUGGGGUGUCCUGGGGGAGGGCGCGGUCCCCUCUCCGUCUUCGCGGGGUCUGGACGCCGUCGCCUUCUCCUGGCGCCGCCGGACCCAGGAGAGGAGAGGUCCGCGGCGGCUCAGCCCGGGUCUGCGGCUUCCGGGAGGGUGGCGGCAACGAGCCUGUGCUGUGGGCACCAGCCCGUCAGACGGCCCCGGCUCCGAGGCCUCUCCAGCCUGCGGCCGCUACUCUCUUGCCCCCACUCCCCGCCCGACACUUACGUCCAGCCCCGUCGUGCAGUGGUUCCGGAGCCCGGUGUCGCGCCGCGCCGGCUCGCCUCACUACCCCGAUUUUAGCCAAGAAAACAAAACGACCACGGCCUCCAGACACCCGGAUGCAGCAGUACCACCCCCGCGGCUCAGUCGCGCAUGCGGACACGGGGCGGAGGGCGGGGCGCCGGGGCCGGAUGGAGCCACGCCCACCACACCAACGCGUCUGCGCAUGCCUGGGCGCUGGGCUCAGGGGCUUUCCGCCGCUGUGGGUUCACAGCUGGACGUCGGAAGUGCUAGAUUGGAGUACGCCCUUUGAGAGUAGGCGUGAGAAGUUGCUCUGUGUGCUGAGCUUUCUAAAGGAAGGCGUCCGUUGGCCUUCGUACCCGUCUUGAGUGAGGUGACGAGUGUUUUCUAGUACUGGGGUCGGCCCCGCAGCCGUCUCAGGUGUGGGUGGCAGGAAGAGUGCCGGGUCCCGCGUGGUGCAAAAGGUGGGUUCAGGUUUGCGGCCACACAGCGCUACUCAGGACUUUUUAGUCUUGUUUAUUUUCUCCGUUCCUGUUCCCGCCCCCCGCAGCUCCACCUCUGGGAGAGGGGCGGGUUCAGCUCCAGGAGGCGGGGACUUCCCGGCUUGGCGUGGCUGGGGUGUCCCGUGGACCCCAGUCUCGGCGCGGUGACCCACUUAUGGGACUUGGCCUUUCUUUGCUGUUUGUUUAAGGCAGGGUUUGUCAGCCUGGGCACUACUGAGGUUUUGGGCCGGCUAAUUCUGUCUGGGUUGGGGAGGGUGCUGUCCCGUGCUUCGCAGGUUGUGUAGCUGCAUCCCCCGCCUCUACCCAGUGGAUGCAAGUAGCAGCCCCAGUGAACCAAAAAUGCCCCCAGACUUUGCCAAAUAUCCCCUCCCGGGGAAGAUCGCCUCGCUUGAGAACCACUGUUGGAGGAGAGCCUGGGUUUUCGGGAGGUAACCGUUUACAAAGGGGAGAACGGUAAGAAGCCGGAAGCAACGAUGACUUAGCUACGUGAAAGACUUGUGGCCAGGCUCGCCCCUCUUCUAGAAGCCGUCAGUUUGGGUCUCGCGUCUGGAAUCACCGUCAAGGAGUCAGAUCCAGCCCCAGAGAGGGAGCAGGGUCGAGGUCUCCUUGCAGAAGGCGCCACCGCAGGAAGCACAGGCGCAACGUGCGGUCUCCCUAGCGGAGGCGCUCGCGAUCCUGCAGCCGCCGGUCCGGGGGGUGCUCGGUAGCCCUCCUUGGUGCCUGUCCGGUAGCUGGUCACUCUCGGGGGAAGGUCGUGUGCAGAAGUGCACAUGCGAUCACACAGAGACGGCGUUGCUGCGGCUUUGACCCGAUGGUGCACCCGAAAGAACACAGAGGGUGGAGGGGGAGAUCCAGGAAGUGGUCGCGGAGCAGAACCCCCUUUCACUUCAGUCAAAAAGACAGAGUCUCGGCUCACUGCAACCUCUGCCUCACGGGUUCAAGCAAUUCUACUACCUCAGCCUCCCAAGUAGCUGGGAUCCAACACCACGCCUGGCUUAUUUUUUAAUUUUUAGUAGAGAUGGGGUUUCCCCAUGUUGGCCAUGCAGGUCUUGAAUCCUGAUCUCAGAUGAUCUGCCCACUUCGGUCUCCCAAACUGCUGCAAUUACAGGUAUGAGCCACUGCACCUAGCCACAUAUUUUCACCUGGCAUAUAAGUAAAACUGGCUAAUUAGCAACUCCCCUAGAUUUUCUGCUGCUCUAUUUUAUUGCAAGAACAGAAACAUACUUUUCCCCUUUGCUGAAAGAUCUCCAGUGGCUUCCCAUCUUUUAUAAGGGCCUGCUCCUCGCUACCAUUCUGCCCUCAACCCCUGCCGCUCGUUCUCACUCCAUUCACACCAACCACACUGGUCUCCUUACCGUUCCCUCAACACACAAAGCAUGCUCCUGUCUCAGGGCCUUUGCACUUGCUAUCCUAUUUUCAUGGAAUGUUCUUCCCCUAACUAAAUGCAUCGCAUAUCUCCCUCCUCUUCACUGGGGCCUCUGCUUAAAAGCUAACUACUCAGAUAAGCCUUCCCUGACCACCCCCCUAAAAGAACACCCCAUCCCACAUUGACUCUGUGUUUCUCUAGUUUGCUCUGUCUUCACAGCCACUUCUUCCCAUCUGACGUAGUAGACACUUAUUUGUCUAUUUAUUGCUAAUACCUUCCCCCACUAGAAGGUCAAUUCCAUGAGGUCAGGGAAUUUGUUUUGCUCACUGCUAUGUCCCCAGUGCCUGGCUCAUAGUGGAUAUGGAAUAAAUAUCUGUUGAAUAAAAUAGUAUUAUGGAUGUCCUCAGAAAUAAAAGGUAGGCUUUUGGGUGUAAGGAUUUUCUCGGGCUUCUGUGCAAAACUGAGUGUGAUCACCAGCCCUGGGUUCAAAAGUCUGCAACGUUGCCACUCACCCUACUUAUAACCUCAGGGAUGUCCCUUCCCUGCCCUGGCCUCACAGUCCACAUUAGCAGCAGGUGACCUCUAAGAACCUUUCCAAUUCUGAAAUUAUGUGAUCCUCAGGGAAGGAGAUGGGGCACACAGACAUCCAGCCACAUGGCAGGGUGCGCUCUGGACAUGGGUGCUGUGUCCUGGCAAUGGUGGAAGAAAGGUGGCCUCACACUGACCUGUCAGGAGACCAGACGUGAGAGCUAUCGUCGUGGCCAAGCUGAAUUCCCCAAUGCGGAGGAGGACCUGGAAGCCAAUCCUAGAAAUGACAAAGCAGAGGUGGUCACUUGGGCAUCAGGCAGCAGAGGUCAUCAGGGACAUAAAGGACUGUCGGUGUCAGUAGUGCCAUUGCCAGGAAGGGCCAUGAGGAAAACAAGGGUCCUCUUCCUGGCUGGUACAUUCCCCUGGCAUUUUCCCAAAAAGCCAUGCAGACAUGUGGGAGGGAGGGAGGCGAAGGAGAUUCCAAGAUUGUCUGUGGCUUAUUUCAGUUCCCAGCACCUCAUGGAUAAUGAACCAGACCAGGAGUCAGAAAACCCAAGCUCAAGUCCCAGCUCUGUCACUUACUAGCUGCAAGACCCUGGGCAAGUCCCUCAACCUCUCAGAGCCUCCAGUUUUCUCUCUCUCUUUUUUUUUUUUUUUUUUUUUUUUUUUUUCUGUUUUUGUUUGUGAGAUGGAGUCUCACUCUGUCGUCCAGACUGGAGUGUAGUGGUCGGCUCACUGCAACCUCUGCCCCUCAGGUUCAAGCGAUUCUUGUGCCUCAAGUAGCUGGGACUACAGGCAUGCGCCACCAUACCUGGAUAAUUUUUGUAUUAUUAAUAGAGACAGGGUUUCACCAUGUUGACCAGGCUGAUCUCGAACUCCUGACCUCAAGUGAUCUGCCCGCCUCGGCCUCCCAAAGUGCUGGGAUUACAGACAUGAGCCACCACGUGUGGCCAGCCCCAGUUUUCUCGUUAGGCAAUUAAAGAUGAAGGUUCUGUUUCUCUUGAGGCAAGGUGGGUGGGGUAGAGCUUGGCUUUCAGACCAAUCUCCCCUGCCCAUCCCUACCCCUUGAACAUACUUCCAGGACCUCUCUCCUUCAAGGCAACCCCAGGGGUUCAAUUCAAACAUUAAGCUAUUACGGGGGCCCUUGGAUGCUGAAUGUGAUUGUCCCAGGGUUCAGCCUGCACCUGGGCGCUGCCAGCCCCUUCACUGCAUCCCCACGGAUAGUUGUACACAACAAGCCAGUUUUUUAAAGCCUUUCCUGUUUCUUGUCUCAACAGGUGGGCAGCUCAUGUUCUCAUUUUUAAGACAAAGGAAAGCUCCAAGCCUGCAGCCUCAUGGGGUGGACCCCACCUUGUAUGUCAUUUGGUUAUCUUCCCUGUCUUUACUGAUUGUUCAUUAUAAAGUGGGAGAAAUAAUCACAGUCCCUACCUCAUAAGAUCAUGGGAGAGUGGAGAGAAUUAAAAAGAAUUACCCGCAGACUAGAAAAAUAAAUUAAGGCCGGGCGUGGUGGCUCACGCCUGUAAUCCCAGCACUUUGGGAGGCCGAGGCGGGCGGAUCAUGAGGUCAGGAGAUGGAGACCAUCCUGGCUAACACAGUGAAACCCCGUCUCUACUAAAAAUAGAAAAAAUUAGCUGGGAGUGGUGGCAGGCGCCUGUAGUCCCAGCUACUCAGGAGGCUGAGGCAGGAGAACGGCGUGAACCUGGGAGGUGGAGUUUGCAGUGAGCUGAGAUCACGCCACUGCACCCCAGCCUGGGCAACAGAGCAAGACUCCAUCUCAAAAAAAAAAAAAAGAAAGAAAAGAAAAGAAAAAUAAAUUAAAAAGAUAAAAAGAGUUGCCACCCUGCUGCUCAUGUAGGGAGUGCAGAUGUCAACAACUACCUGCCCAACCAUUCAGGCAGCCAUCCCCCCUUCCGUGUGGCAAGCUCCAGGCCCUCAUCUUUGCCAUCUUUGUAUAUCCUCAAUAGUUUGCUUCCUCCCCAGCUCCAAACACAGUUCAGGUUAUCAAAAAUGUUUGUUGAAUGACUGAAAAAUUGAGUCAAUUACUCAAUUCAUUGAUCUAAUAAUAAGUGAUUUUUAGGAAAAUAAAUCACGGGGACAUAUGCAUGACCUCGCAAAAAAAUUUUUUUUUUGAGAUGGAGUCUUGCUGUGUCACCAGGCUGGAAUACAGUGGCGCGAUCUCAGCCUCCCGAGUAGCUGAGACUACAGGCAAGAGCCACAACACCCAGCUAAUUUUUUGUAUUUUUAGUAGGCACAGGGCUUCACCAUGUUGGCCAGGAUGAUCUCGAUCUCUUGACCUUGUGAUCCGCCAGCCUCAGCCUCCCAAAGUGCUGGGAUUACAGGUGUGAGCCACCGCGCUGGCUGCAAAAAUUCUUAAACAGGACAUAAAAGAACAAAACAUAAAGGGAACAAUGAUAAAUUGGGCUAUAUUAAAAUAAAGAACCUCUCUUGUUCAAAAGACACCAUUAAGAAAGUAAAAGGUGGGCUGGUCAUGGUGGCUCACACCUGUAAUCCUGGCACUUUGGGAGGCAAAGGUGGGCCAAAGUUCAGGCCAGGAGUUCAAGAUCAGCCUGGCCAACAUGGCAAAACCCUGUCUCUACCAAAAAUUAUUUUGUCUAUACAAAAGUUAGCUGGGCAUGGUGGCAUGCGCCUGUAAUCUAAGCUACUCAGGAGGAUGAAGUAUGAGAAUUGCUUGAACCUGGGAGGCAGAGGUUGUAGUGAGCUGAGAUAGCGCCACUGCAUUCCAGCCUGGGUGACAGAAGGAGACUCUGUUUCAAAAAGAAAGAAAGAAGGAAAAAGGUAACGCACAAAGUGGGAUUCAUAUCCAGGAUACGUAAGGAAUUCCUACAAAUCAAUAAGAAAAAGACAGAACACCACAAUAGAAAAUGGGCAAACUAACUUAAAUAGACAUUUCACAAGAAAAGAUAUUCAACUGUCCAAAAAGCAUAUUAAAAGUGCUCCAUUUAGUUAGUUAUUGGAGAUAUCAAAAUGUAAACAAUAGGUUUGAUUGCUAAAUGACUAACCAAAAAGAAGGAAAACACCAAGUGUUGGCAAAAUGUGGAGUAAAAGGAGCUUCUAUACACUACUGGUGAUUAGAUUGGUGCAAACUACUAGAGAAAAUUGUUUAGCAGUAGCCACUAAAGCUGACUGUGUGAAUACUGUAUAAUUCAACAAUUUUACUUCUAGGCAUAUAAUCAACAGAAGUGCAUUUGUGUGCUCCAAAAAUAAAAAAGUGCUAGAAUAUUCAUAGGAGCAAUACUAGAAUAUUCAUAAUAGCUCCAAACUGGAAACUACCCAAAUCCUCCUCAAUAAUGGAUAAGUAAAUUCUGCUGCAUUCACACAAUGGAACACUCGUUCCAACUAUCUUUUCUUAGAUUCUCUAUUUGUCUAUCUGGCAUUCAUUUAUCACAGGGCCACACUAAUGGCCAAAGUUGUUUAUCUCGUUUUCUUGCAAGUCAGCUUUCUCAGGCAUGGGAAACUCAUAUUAUAAAUCCCUCAGCUACAAAUUCUAACAUAUGUGUUUUCACUUCCUGCCCAUUAGUGGAUGCCCUCACCCAGUUACUCUCCCAUCACUCUUUUUCAUAAAGGCAUAGUCCCAGUUCCCCCUCUCUUUCUGCUGCCUGGUCCCUGGAUGAUACAGUUUUGUGUGGCCCUGCAUGACAUGUUCUGCCUCUUGUUUACAGGGGAACUGUGAACAACAAAACUUUCCUUCCAAUAAUACUGGAAGAAAAUGCCACUCAGUCACCUUUAUAAAUUAAGACCCAAGCAUGACAGAACACUAUAUCCCAGUGGAAAAAGGGUACAGCAAUGCUUAACAACCUGGAUGAAUCUCACAACUACAAUGUUGAGUAAAAGAAGCAUACAAAAGCACAGACUUACUGUAUGAUUCCAUGUAUAUUAUCUCAGUUCAUUUUCUAUUGCUAUAACAGAAUACCACAGAAUGGGUAAUUUAUAAAAUAAGUAUAUAUAGCUCAUGGUUCUGGAGGUUGGGAAGUCCAAGAGCAUGCUGCUGGCAUCUGUUGAGGACCUUCUUGCUGUGCCAUAACAUGGCAGAGGGUAUCACAUGGCAAGAGGGAAAGAGCAUGUCAGCUCAGGUCUCUCUUCCUCUUGUAAGCCACCAGUCUCAUCAUAGGGGCCCCACCCUGAUGACUUUAUCUAAUCCUAGUUACCUCCCAAAGGCUUCACCUCCAAUUUCAUCAACAUAUGAAUUUGGAGAUUAAGUUUCCAACACAUGAAAUUUGAGGGAUGCAUUCAAACCAUAGCAUUCUGCCCCAGCCCCCAAAAUGCAUGUCCUUCUUACAUGCAAAAUUCAUCCCAAGAGCACCAAAGUAUUUUUUUUUUUUUUUUUUUUUUUUAAGAGAUGGGAUUUUGCUCUAUCAUCCAGGCUGGAAUGCAGUGGCAUGAACAUAGCUCACUGCAGCCUCAAACUCCUUGGCUCAAGUAAUCCUCCUGUCUCAGCCUCCUGAGUAGCUAGGACUACAGAUGUGUGCCACCAUAUCCAGCUAUGUUCAUUUAAUUUUAUUAGUAGAGACAGAGUCUCACUCUGUUGCCAUGGCUGGAAUGCAGUGGCAUGACCAUAGCUCACUGCAGCCUCAAACUCCUGGGCUCAAGUGAUCCUCUCACCUCAGCCUCCUGAGUAGCUAGAAUUACAGGCACAUGCCACAAUACCUGGCUAAUUUUUUUAUUUUUAUUUUUUGUAGAGACAGGUCUCACUAUGUUGCCCAGGCUGGUCUUGAACUCCUGGGCUCAAGCAAUCCUCCCACCUCGGCCUCCCAAAUCACUGGGAUUACAGGCAUGAAACACCACACUUAGACAACCCCCAAAGUCUUAACUUGUUCCAGCACCAACUCAAAAGUCCAAAGUCCAUGGUCUCAUCUAAAUCAGAUGUGGGUGAGACUUAAGGUACAAUUCAUUCUAUGGGAGAUUCCCUCUGGCUGUAAGCCUGUAAAGUCAAAACAAGUUAUUGACUUCCAAAAUACAACAGUGGAACAGGCAUAGGACAGACAUUCCCAUUCUAAAAGGAAAAAGAGGCAAGGGAAAAAGGGUAACUGGUUCCAAGAAAGUACAAAACCCAACAUAGAAAACAACACUAAACCUUAAACCUUCAGAAUGAUCUUUUACUCUAUAUGCCACCUCCUGGACACACUAUGGAAUUUGGACCCCCGAAGCUUCGGGGAGCUCUGCCCCUGUGGUUUUGCUGGGCUCUGCCCAUGUUGCAGUUCUCACAGGUUGGAGUCUCAUGCCUGCAGUUCUCCCAAGCUGGCAUUGCACUAUGACAGCUCUACCGUUCUGGGGUCUUGGCGGUGGCUCCACCCUUGUAGCUCCACUAGACCCUGCUCUACUGGGGGUCUCUGGGGUGGCCGUUCACAGCACCCUUGGAAAUGUAGGUGGAAGAAGGCAUGCCCCCUCAGCUUUUGCAUUCUGCACACCUGCAAAAUUAGUGCCAUGUGUAUGCUGCCAAGGUUUAUGACUUUUACCUUCCACAUCACAACUGUGGCCACUUGAGCCACAGCUGGGAUGGCUGAGGAAUGCUGCACCAGAAAUGUGGGGAGCAGAGACCCAAGGCAGCCCUGGGCAGCAGCUGGUCAUUCCAAACCAUUCUGCCCUCUUAGAGCUCUGGGCCAGUAAUGGGAGGGGCAGUCUUGAAGAUCUCUGAAAUGGCUUUGGAGUUUUUCUCCCUUGUCCUGAUGAACAGUCUCUGGCUUUGUUCUAUGUGUACUAAUUUUCUUUCUUCCUUUUUUUUUUUUUUUCUUUUUGAGAUACAGUCUUGCUCUGUCGCCCAGGCUGGAGUGCAGUGACGUGAUCUCGGCUCACUGCAAGCUCUGCCUCCCGGGUUCAUGCCAUUCUCCUGACUCAGCCUCCCAAGUAGCUGGGACUACAGGCGCCCACCACCACGCAUGGCUAAUUUAUGUGUACUAGUUUUCUUAUCAAUCGGUAGCUGGGUCACACUCUCAGUUUUCUCAGCUGAAAAUGUUCUUUCAUUCUCUACAACAUGGCUGACCUACAGAUUUUCUGCCUUCCAUAAAUGACUCUGGCACAGACAAAGUUCAACUAAGAUCUUUGCUUCUUUAUAAAAAGGAUGACCUUUGCUCCA